GCGUUACCGUCACAGCGAAGCUACAACACAACACCUUUUGGCUUUGAUUCGAUAAAAAAAAAAACCUCGCCGCUUAUAAACGGAGUUUGUCCCCAAACAAAAUAGCAAAAGCAGAAAAAAGAAGCCGCAGAAGUUAAAAAAACCCCCAAAAUCGUACCACCAUGACCACCGUCUCCUCCAUUUCCGCCGCCGUAACGGAAGGCGGGAAUGUUGCUACGCCGAGAUGGAAGAAUAAGGGAAGAAACGGAAAGUUACGGGUGAUGUGUAGGCAUGGCGGUAAUAUAGAUUCACUUCCGCAGACGAAAACGCCGCGCUACGUCGGCGGAGAUACUCGAAUCGUUGCCGUUCCUCCCUCCGCGGAAACGAGUUUCGAUGCGCUUGUUAGCCACCUUAGGGUUACGCUGGGAAUCUCAUAUCCUUUCAAGGUUAAAUAUCAGCUUCCUGGUCAGGAACUAGAUUCGCUUAUCUCCGUCGAGACGGAUGAGGAUAUUCAAAUCAUGAUGGAGGAACAUGGAUACCUCUUCUCCGAGUUUUCGAUUCCUCAAUCGCGAAUCCGAUUGUUUAUAUUCCCAUCAUCGAAAUCACAAUCGAAUGAUGCUGGUGCGACUCAGGGAGAUUCGUCUCAGUGUAAAGCGGAGACUGAUAUCGAUUGGCUUGGAAUCGAAGAGCCUAAGCAUGUUGUUCACGACUCGACUCAACCGGUGCUUCAACACCCAAAGACUGAUUCGUGGUUCGUAGACGCGUUGAAGAGCGCGGAGAUGAUGCAGACGGGGCGCAAUAAUAGUGAGAGUAGCGGAAGCGGAGAUGGUAACGGCGGGAUUUGUGGACAGGAGUCGAUGAUGCUCAAGACUAAUUCGUCCUUUGGCUCAACAUCAUCCUCCGUUUCUUCCAGCAAUUUGCCUCCGAUCAAAAGCACCGACGAGGACAACACAGUCAAUUCGCAGGACAAAUUUGCGCCAGUAGAAUCGGUGACAAGCGACAACACUGCAGUCACCCCAAUCUCUUCUCACGAGCUACCGACGCACUCACAUGUUCUGGAGAACAAGUUGUCUUCAAACUUGUACGAGACAGGGCUAAACAAACCAGUUCCAAUCCCAUUUUCCGGGUAUCCACCAUUUAUGAAUCAAGCUCAACAACAACAUAUACAGGUCAUAUUCACUGGACAUCCUUACAUUGCCGGAAACACACCUAUGCCAUUGCCUGCCACAGCAUACCAUCACCCAAACCACACCCAUUAUCAGCUUCCGCCGCAGCCAUACCCAAUAUACUACAUUCCAGUCGAUCAGUACAGUUCGAGGUAUGUUCAAGCACCGCCUGUGAAUUCUGGCACGGUUCUAAACUCCCACCUAGUUGAUUCCCCAGUGGUCCGCACCGGUAGCCCUCUAGCACCAGAGUUGUCCUCACAUUUUUACCCUCCAGCCAAACCCGUUGAGUCAUCUGUACAAACAUCAAGUGAAGCUGCGCCUAGUACUACUUGCAGAGAUGCUUUCAUCUAUAACACUGACGUCGAUGACAACGAUAUAACUCGUGCUCAGAUUUACAAAUCUCAGCCUCCAGCUCCUAAAGUGCCGUCGCAGUGUCAAACCAAGAUGCUAACCGAAGCUUUGGGUCAGUUACACACCCACAAUUCUUGAGAGAACUAAGAGUCCAUACUUUUUUUUUUGGUCAAAGAAUCCAUACUCAUGUUGCUGCACUUUCGGGUAUUUGGUUUUACAGGUUUGUUUUGGUUCCCAUACAUAUUAUACAUGCUUCUGCUUUUUAUCUCUUUCAGUCAUGGUGACCCUUGUUUCACUUUAUUUUUUACUCACUUUGUUGUAACAACGAAUUUUUACGGGUAUUUUUUUAAUCUUUCCAAAAACAUCUUAUAAAGAAGUUAGUAAUAUCAAUACUUUCAGUUUUGUC